AUGUCGGUCGCGGAGAUAUUCUCUGAUGCUCAGCGCUCUCUGGUGGGACAUAAGACACUGGCAAAACGACUGCGCCGUCUCGAAAACUCUCCAAACUUCGAAGCGCACAUCAAACAAUGCGUCUUUCGACUCCUCGACGUCGCCAAAUCCGAACCGGCCGGAACUCGUGUCAUCAAGUUCCUCACGACGUACCUUGCCAGCGAUGAUGCCUCGAACCAGAUCUCUUCCACCAUCCUGCUGGGUAUCCUUCCUUUCCUCUGUGCCAAAGACAAGACGAUCCGAUACCGAGCCACCCAACUCACCUGCCAGAUCUUGGGUGUCCUGCAAGCUAUCGACGACGAUCUGUACAAGGUGAUUAGACAUGAGCUGAUCAAAAGAAUGAGAGACAAGGUCCCGGCGAUACGGCUGGAAGCAGUCAUGGCCUUGGGUCGUCUGGUGGAAAGUGAGAUCGAGGAAGGGGAAGACCAAGAUUCAGAUGAGGAUGUCGCGCCUGGCUUACUGGACAAACUCCUCGAUGUCCUCCAAAAUGAUACCAAUGCCGAUGUCAGAAGAGCGCUGCUGGUGAAUAUUCCGGCUACCCCCAAAACCCUGCCCUAUCUACUCGAGCGAGCCAGAGAUCGUGAUGCUCCAACCAGACGUGCCUUGUACGCAAAACUGCUUCCUAGACUCGGCGAUUUCCGACAUCUGUCCUUGUCAAUGCGGGAGAAGCUGUUGAGAUGGGGCUUGAGAGACCGCGAUGAGAGAGUCCGCGGAGCUACCGCGCGCCUUUUCAGAGAAUGCUGGAUUGAGAACUGUGCAAGAACGGAGGCCGAGAAACUUGGUGAAGCCAAGGACGAGAAGGACGAGAAGGAGGCACAUGUCGGCUUCUAUGACCCAAGCAUUCCCGCACUAUUGGAGCUUCUGGAAAGAAUCGACACCUUGAACACCGGGAAUGAGGAUGGUGUUGCUCGUGAAGCGAUGAAAGAGUUCUGGGCUGGGCGUCCAGAUUACCUCGACGUGGUCAGCUUUGAUGAUGAUUUCUGGAACAAUUUGACUCCAGAGUCAGCUUUCAUGGCUCGCACGUUCAAUGAUUACUGCCUGUCGGAUCCAAAGUAUCACGAAAUGGUCGAAGAGAAAAUGCCAGAGGUUACACGGCUGGGAUUUCAUCUCCAGAAACACAUCAACGAGCUGGUCACGAGGGUCCAAAAUGCCAGCGAGUCGGACUCGGAUGAAAAGAUUGCGCUGCAAGCGGAACAAGAGUUCAUUGUGGAGCAGCUCUUAUACAUCGCUCAGUCUUUGGACUAUACAGAUGAGAUCGGCAGGAGGAAAAUGUUUUCGUUGCUCCGACACGCUUUGUCCAUGGCUGAACUACCGGAUGAAUGCACUCGACUCGCCGUGGAAGCUCUACGACUCGUAUGCAACUCGGAUGCAGCUGGCGAGAGAGAAUUUACUUCAAUUGUUCUUGAAGCUAUCGCUGAAGUCCACGACAACAUAGCCUCCUCUGACCUCGAAAAUGAGGCUGAAGCAGACGAGGAAGACAGCUUUGUCUCAGCCCGCAGUGAAGUCAGCGGCGACUCGACGCCUAGGAACGAACAAGCCAGGAGCAAGCGCAAUAAGCAACUCACCGAUGAAGAGCAAGAAGCUAAAGCGAUCAAGGAAAUUGUCAUCAACAUGAAAUGUCUCCACAUCGCUCAAUGCAUGCUGCAGAAUGUAGCAGGGAAUCUGCAAUCCAACAUCGACCUGCGCACCAUGUUUGACAAUCUGGUGAUCCCGGCCGUGCGAUCCCACGAGGCUCUGAUUCGCGAGCGUGGGGUGCAAUGUUUAGGAUUGUGCUGCUUGCUUGAACCCAAGCUUGCCGACGAGAACAUGCGGCUCUUCACUCUUUUGUUGAAGAGAGGGCAUGAGUCCCUUCAAGUCAUGGCUCUGCAGAUUCUAUGCGACAUUCUUCUUGCACGAGGUCCACCUUCCCCGGCACAUCCCACAUCUAACGACCCUCCAGAAAGCCCUGUCGCUGCGACCGAAGGAGCGGAGGAUAUCCCUGCCCCGACUGCUACAACCGCCACCACCAGUAACCACAACAAUUCACUCCCUGGCCUUCUCUCCCCCUUCAUCAAGGCCCUUUCACAAACCUUCCACGACGAAGUCCGCGCGACAUCCACGGCGAGCUUGUGCAAACUCAUGCUGUGCGGGUUCUACGUGGGGAAUGAGGAGCUAUUUGAUCAAAUCGUUGAAAGGGCAAUCCAUGGGGUGGCCAAGGGGUGGGAACUGUUGGAGAAAGUGAGGAACGCGGUUCUCGUGGAUAAGGAUCAGAGUAAGGGGAAGAGCGGUGACAAGGUCAAGGAGAGGGAAAGGAGCAGUAACGGAGUAGCUAGUGCGAGAACGAGCAACGAGGGUGUCGGGGAUGGAAGUGAGCGAGUCGCGGGUGAGGGCAUGGAACUGUGA